AUGAGCCUUAUUGAUUUAGAGAACAACUACAUCAUCGUUAAAUUUGUAUAUGAAGAAGAUAUGAGAUAUGUUCUUACCAGCGGUCCUUGGCAAAUUGCUGGUCAAUACAUGGUGACCCAAAAGUGGAAACCUGGAUUUAAUGCCCAGGAGGAAAAAAUUUCUCAUAUGACUGCUUGGGUGCGUAUCAAUGGAUUGAAUGUUGAAUACUUCCGCUAUGACGUGAUGGAGAAAAUUGGGAAUUUGAUAGGGACUACAAUCAAGGUUGAUGCCAAUACGAUGAGCCAAGCUCGAGCUAAACAACAGGCAGCUGAUUCUGUUGACACUGAAGUUAUGGAAAUGAAUACUACGAACAAAAUUGAUGAACUACAAGUUGAUAGCCCUGCUACACUAGCGGUUGAAAAUCUAGCUAAGAUACAUGGAGAGUGGAUGCUGAUGAAGACAAGGAAUUUUAAGAAGAAGAUCCUGAAUGACUCAGGAAAGGGUGCUGAAAUUAGCAAGAGGAACCCAAAGAACUCAAAUUAUUACAAUGGCUCUUGGUUUAAUCUCCUGAAUGAGGAAGGAAAAAUUAGUAAUGGAAUAAUUUUGGAAGAUUCCCCCCUGCCAAAGCAACUGCUCCUAGCUCAAAUAUGA